UCCUCCCUUCCAGAUCAAGACCACAGUGUUUGGAGUGAGGAAUCUUUAAUACAAUGAAUUAUGUCCAUACCAUCAUCAUGAUGGUUUAUCUUGUUUCUCUGUCAGUUUCUUCCUCAUCAGGAUGGUCAGAAGAGUGCAAUCUACCAAAAGAUGAAGGAGAAAUGGGAGUUAUGCUUGGAUAUCGACUCUACUAUAAUCGAACAACAGACCGAUGUCAUCCAUUCGUGUACAAGGGUGCAGGGGGAAAUGAGAACCGCUUUCUAACUGAUAUGGAAUGUAUGAGGCACUGUUCUACCUUAGGAGAAAAGCUCUACCCUGAUGAUGAAAGAGUUUGCCUGAUAGAAAAGGAUCCAGGACACUGCAAAGCAUCCUAUACAAUGUGGUACUUUGAUUCCCUGGAGAAGAAAUGCCUCAAGUUCAUAUAUGGAGGGUGUGUAGGAAAUGGAAACAGAUUCCUCACCAGAAGGGAGUGUUAUCAGAGAUGUGCUCCAGAAUCAGCUGACAAUGGCCUGUUCUGGGAUGAGGAUGAAGAAAUUAACAUUGGACUUAUAGUGGGAAUCAUCGUGGGAUGUGUGUCAAUCAUUGUUUUACUUGUAACGCUGACCUUGGUCUUCUUGAAGAAAAAGCAGAAAAAGGAGAAGAGGCAUGGAAAAGGAAAAGAAACUCAACAAUUGAAUGUUGAAUUGACCUGAAACAACCAAUUUUUAUUCAGGCUAACAUAUGUGAAUAUACAGCUUUUUCUGAUUUUUAUAAAUGAGUACCAGAUUUUGCUACAGAAAAUAUUUUUGUAUAUUGUGUUUACUAAAAUCCUUGCUGAUCACUCAAAAUAACUGGACACAGUUAAUAUACAUUAUAUGUUGUUUUUAAAAACAAUUUUUCCUAUCUUUUCCUUUGAAAUGAACAUGGAGGUUCAGUUUUCAUCAAUCUUUUAUAUAGUUUAGAACUGCUGGAGUUGGAGUCAGAUCUGGGUCAGAAGUCCCAGCCUUACCACUUCAAGUCAAAACAUUUGCUAAUGUUUUGUAUCAAAACAUUUAUUUUAAAAAGCAUUUAUUAAAUACCUACUUGUACAUAGGUCACUAGGUGACCUAGGAUGCAUUAGGUGCUGAAGAAACAAAGCCAAAAAUGAAAAAGAUACAACAUUAUCCACCAGUAGUUCUCAAGCUUUCUUUUGUUCAUAACACAGUAUCAAUUAAUCAACAAACAUUUAUUAAGUACCUACCAUGUGCCAGAUACUAUACUAAGUACUGAGGCAACAAAAAUGCAAAAAACGGUCCUUAUCCUCAAGAAUCUUACAGUGUAAUGAAGACGACAACGUGCAAAUAAAUAUAUAAAAAGCAAGGUAUGUAUAAAAUAAAUAGGAAAUUAUUAGCAGAGGGAAGGCAUUAGAAUUAAGAGGGCCUAGGGAAGAAGCCCAGGAAGGCUUCAUGUAGAAUAUGGAUUUCAACUAGGACUUAACGAAAGCCAGGAAAGUCUUCAGUUAAUGCCCAGGAGGGAAAGCAUCCCAGAUACAGAAGAUGGCCAGAGGAAAUGCUUCAAUCUGAGAGCUGGAGUAUCAAAAUCACAUCACAUGAUGGGACAAUUGGGAGGUUCUUCACAUUUAACAAUACCACGCAAUUCAAAGUCCACUUAGCUAGUUAUGGCACGAGAUUUGGCCUUCACAUCCACAUCUUCUGAUGACCACUAAGAUACCAGAUAAGUAGACAUAAGGCAUUUAAGGAGGGAAAGAAAACUGGCAACUAUGAAGCUUGAGGGAAGAUAAGCGUUCUGAUAGGAACUGAAGGAGGACAUGAUAGGUUUGUGAGAUGAUACCUGAAAGUAGAAGACUUUGACCAAGGCAGCCAGUGGCACCAUGGAGAGAACUCUGAGCCUCGAGUCAGGAAGACUUGAGUUCAAAUGGGACCCCAAAUAUUUAUUAGCUGUAGGACCCUAACAAGUUACUUAACCUGUCUGCCUCAGUUUCCUCAAAUAUAAAAUGAGGGUAAUAUCCCCAGAAUUGUUAUGAAGAUCAAAUGAGGUAAUAUUUGUAAAACUCAUUAGCACAGUAUGUUGCACAUAGUAGGAACUAUAAAAAUAUUAUGAUAAUGAUGAAAGAAUAUUGUUUCUGAAAAUUUUUCAUUUGAGAUUUAAGAAAUAAUAAAAAAGAUUUAAGAAAUAAAAAUUUCAUUUAAGAUAAAAAUAGACAUAGAUAACAAAUAUUUAAAAAGACAGGCCUUGAGUUAAUUGCCAAAUAAACAGUAUAGAUACUAAGUGUUAUAGAAGUUCUUAGGAAAGAUAGAUUAUAUCAGGCUUCAGGGCAUAAAACCUUUGACUUUCAGAAAGGCUAUUCACAAAAUGUGGAAUUUGAGCUGGGUUUUCAAAAGGAUUCCAGUGUAGCAGGCAGGAAUUAUACUUCAUAGAUCAUAUAUAUGAGAAUAGGACAGGAGAGAGUAUCCUCUAGGAUAGGAAUUACCAAACCAACUUCUAAGGACAUGUGUGACUCAGUGCUAAAGGGUUUAUUAUUUGCCAUAAUAAAUCAAUCCCUUUAUUGGCCACUGAAAAGGAAAAGCAAUUGAUUCAAACUUUAAAAAGGCCUAUCUCCUAUCUAUUCUCUGUCCUCCCAUCUCUUCCUAUUAGCAAGUUAGAACUCUUUAAAGCCUCUUCCUGGUGGCAGAAAUGGCCAAUUGCAGUAAUAGAACAAAUCUCCUUUUGUGCUAGGUUAGGGGUAUUUGAGAAUGGAAUCCAGAGCCCUCACUGCUUCUGCUUUGAGUUUCUUUCCUGAGCAUAGGUGUCUAACUUGUGAGCCUAAAAAAUGGAAGACCAUUUGGUCUUCCAAGAAACCUUUUAAGUUUAAGAGGCUGAAAGCUGCUGGGUCUUUAGUGGGUGAUAGCUCAAAAAGAGCCCCAGCCCCUACAGGAAUGCUUCAGAAAAAGCUAAUACCCUACAGGAGCAUAUACCUCCUGAUUAUUUACAUCUUUUCUCCCUCCCUUAUAAUGUAUGAUUCUUGAAGGCCUUUCUUUAUAUCCCCAGAGCUUAGCAUUAAAGAGUUAAUAAAUGUAUGAGUGUCUCUUAGGACCUAUGUAAUAGGGAUGCUCUAGUCUCAUUCUCUCGAGGUCAGGCUGCAUCAUCUACCAAUCCAGAUUCUAGAGGACACAGAGGGCUUGCUGUAUCUCUUUUCUAUAUAGUGGCUCAAAUUCUCACAGGCUCUUCUCUUCAUUUUUUGUGGUUACUAACCACUUCCAUUUCAUUAUUUAAUAUGAUUGGCUUUUACAAAGUAACAUUUAUUUUAAGAUACAGCAAAAACAAAUUAUAAACAUUUUCACUAACACUCAGGGUACACAAUUCUCUCUCUAACACCACAGUCUCUAAGAAAAUAACCCUAACAAAAUUAAGCUCAGUUUCUAUACAGCAUCGAUCCUACUAAGUUCAUGUCUAGAUAUAGUCAGUAUGACUGCAAGAUGAAUCUGUAGUUUGGCUAUUCCUGAGCUAGAGUCUCAAAGGACAUUCCCAAGGGUUGCUUCUUACUCCUUGGGGAACUGAUGCUGUGUUGACUACAAAAUUUAAGUCUGGAAAGAUAUAUUCACAAAGUUGUGGACUCAGCUCUUUUUACUGCUGGCCAAGGUCAAUCAAGGGCACUGAGGCAAAGAUGACAUAGCUAAAACUAAGAAGCCUUUUGGCUUUACAACCAACCAUAGAAUUUCCUCUUGAUUCUAGAAGCAUUUACAGGAUGCCUAUAAAUUUCUAGGCUUUCCAAGGUAUUUCUUGUAUAUGUCAUUAAAAUUCUCAAGGGGCAAUAAAGAGAUACAUGGAACUUGAGAGUGGGGAGCAGCGUACUACCUAUGAGAAUUUGUGUCAUUACAAAAUGUCAUUAUCAUUAGAAAGAAGAGAAUAUGACUGGAAAAGAAGAUGAACUGAGUAUUGUGCUAUCAUAAUAAUCAACCUUGACCCCAGAUUUGAGAAAACACCUCUCCCUCCUUUUGUUGGAGAUAUUGGACUAUGUAUAUGAAAUGUUAUACCCAUUGUUGAGUGUAAUCAUUGUAUAGGCUGCUUUUGCUUUUUAUUUUUUGUGAUAUAUGUAUUUUUUAAGUCAAUAUUUUUAAUUCCUUGGGAAAGGUCAUAGGGUAGAAGGAACAUAAUCUGAUAACCUAGGUUUGACAGGCUAUCUGGUGCAGUGAUUGCCACACUGAAUAAGGAGUUUAGAACACCUACAGUCAAAUCCUUUCUGUGAUAUUUCCUAGCUUUGUGACCCUAUGAAAGUCAUGAAAUUUCUUGAGGCCCCAGUUUCUUCUUCUUGCCAAAAUCAUUCAAGGACAUUGAGGCAAAGAUGACAUGGCUUUAUCUUCAAUACUUAAAGAUUUAGCAGACCUUAAAUAAAUACGAUUCUAUAGCAGCUCUCUUGCUUUAAAGGCCUACUCUCUAUCUGUCACACCCUCAUUUAGCUCCCCGUUUUGAUAAUCUAUCCUUUGAGAAUCUGUCAUAAUUUCACAGGUCUUCAUUCUCCUUUGUUCAUUGGUGGAGAUCUUUCUUUCCCUGACUCACUCUGUUUUUUAACACAAUUGGUCCUACUUCUCAAUUCCUAAGUCAAGCAAAUUUUUCCUGAAAAAUUCCUCCUUGGAGAUCUAUCCCUGGCUAUCUGCUGGAAUGUACUACACAAUGCAUGAGAGCCAGUGUGGUACCAUAGAAAAAGUACAUUUGGAGCCAGAGGACCCAGGCUUAAAUUUGAGUUCUGAUACUUAUUUAUGUGUGAUUUUGGAUAAGUUAUCUUUGUUCUCUGACCUCAGAGUUUGGGUUAGACUACAUGAUAUUUAAAGUACCAUCUUGUCCCAGCUAAUAUGAAAGAUCCUAUACCAUUAUAACUGAUAGGGCUUUUUCCUUCUAGGUCUGGCCUUCCAAGAGUUCCACUCUUCUGCAUUUAAAGAGAUAAUUGUUCUUUGCACAAAGUAAUGAUGGUUGCUUUAUUUUAAUAAAGCAGAUUGAUUAAGCCAAAAUCCUCACAUCCCAGAUGUUAGCUAUACUAGAUAUGCUUCUUCUAGGCACUAGCACAUGAAAUGUGAAACUAUAUUCUAAGAAUCAGAAACAGUCUCAUUAGCUCACUUAAGCCUGGUCUAGAUUGAAUUUAUGGUUCAGCGAAGUGGCAGAGUGGAUAGAAUGACAGCCUAGAGUCAGAAAAGCUUAUCUUCCUUAGUUUAAAAUUUGAUAUCAGAUACUUAUUAGCUGUGUGAACUUAGGCAAGUCACUUAACUCUGCCCAAGUUUCUUUAUCUUUAAAAUAAAUUAAAGGAAAGAUGGACACUCAUGAAUAUAAUCUCUGCUAUUAUUACACAUGCUUUCUUGAACUGGAAAUUUAUUGUUAUGGAUUUUUGAAUCCUCCCUGAUGUUUUGCUGGAUACAUGACAAUAUUUUGAUUUGUUUUUAUUUUCUUGUUCUGCCUUUCUUUUUCUAUUCUGUUUUUUUCUUAUUUUGUAUUCAGUUCAAUUUUUAAAAAAAAAGUUUAUAAAAAUAAUUUGGGGAAAAAACCAAAAUAAAAUAACCUAGAGAAAAUGGCAAAAUACUCCAGCAUCUCUGUCAGGAAAACCCUAAAUGAGUUCACAAAGAGUCAGGCAUGAUUGAAUUAACCGAAUGACAACAAAGAUAGAAUUUAUAGAUUUAGUCGGGACUAGUUUUUUUUUUUUUUUUUAACUGAAAUUUCUAUCAAACUUUCUAUGAGACAUAAGGAAGGCAAUGUGGUAUAAUGGCAAGAAAAUUGGACUGUGAAUAAGGAGGCUUGGAGUCUAGUCUUUGCUUGACUUUAUGACUCUGGGCAAAUCAAUUCACUUCUCUGGAGAUAUCAGAAUUCUCAGAAGGUUCUUUCUUUUAAUUUAAUCAAGCAACAAGCUAAGUGUUGAGAAAAGUCUAUGAAAGCCUAUCUUUUGUCUAAUCUUCAAAUUCUGUUAACUACUUAUCUGAAUCACUAAUUAUUGGCAACUACCUAGGGGGAAGGUGGGCCCUUAGUUAAUCAGAAUGCAACUUGUUAGGAAAGACAGGUUUACACUAUCCAAAUUCACACAAAAUUAAUUUGAAUAAUAAGUUCAAUUUGAUAACCUAUAAUAAAAACCAUACUUGUCGAGCAAACUAAA